GAGCAACGACAUUGAAGAGAGUGUUUUUUCGCGUGUUCGUUCUUUCUUACACUCACUCAGAUCCACAGAUCUGCUUGCGCUUCGUCUUCUUGGUGUUGUUCAUCUUGGUCAAUUGCGAAGUUUCUGAGUGAUUUGGAAUUUGCGAAAUCAGAUCUGGUCUCAGAGAAUUGCAUUUCAUUUCAGAGCAAUGGAGAAGUCCUGCACUCUGAUUGUCCAUUUCGACAAGGGCACGCCGGCGCUGGCCAACGAGAUCAAGGAGGCGCUCGAGGCAAACGACGUGGCGGCGAAGAUCGAUGCGCUCAAGAAGGCGAUCAUGCUCCUCCUCAACGGCGAAACCAUUCCACAACUCUUCAUCACCAUCAUUCGCUACGUUCUCCCCUCCGAGGACCACACCAUCCAGAAGCUCCUCCUCCUCUACCUUGAGAUCAUUGACAAGACCGAUUCCAGAGGCAAAGUUCUCCCGGAGAUGAUCCUAAUCUGCCAGAACCUCCGCAACAACCUCCAGCACCCCAACGAGUACAUCCGCGGCGUCACCCUCCGUUUCCUCUGCCGCCUCAAUGAGUCUGAGAUCAUCGAGCCUCUCAUCCCGUCCAUCCUCUCCAACCUCGAGCACCGCCACCCCUUCGUCCGCCGCAACGCCGUUCUCGCUGUCAUGUCCGUCUACAAGCUUCCUCAGGGAGAGCAGCUGCUCGACAGCGCACCGGAGAUCGUCGACAAAUUCCUCUCCUCCGAACAGGAUCCUUCCAGUAAGCGAAACGCGUUUCUUAUGCUUUUCUCAUGCGCGCAGGACCGUGCUAUCAAUUAUCUGUUUGCGAACAUAGAUAGAAUUAUUGACUGGGGGGAGCAGCUCCAGAUGGUGGUGCUGGAGCUGAUUAGAAAGGUCUGUCGGAGCAACAAGGGGGAGAAGGGGAAGUAUAUUAAGAUUAUUAUAGCCCUUUUGAAUGCUUCCUCAACUGCUGUUAUCUAUGAAUGUGCUAGCACCCUUGUUUCGCUCUCUUCUGCUCCCACUGCCAUUAGGGCUGCUGCUAGCACUUACUGUCAGCUCUUGCUUUCUCAGAGUGACAACAAUGUUAAGCUCAUCGUGCUUGAUCGUUUGAACGAGCUCAAGAGUUCCAACAGGGAGAUCAUGGUGGAGAUGGUCAUGGAUGUCCUUCGGGCUCUUUCCACUCCUAAUCAUGAUAUUAGGAGGAAGACCCUCGAUAUUGCCCUCGAACUGAUAACCCCCAGGAACAUUGAUGAGGUUGUUAUGAUGCUUAAAAAAGAGGUUGUUAAGACUCAGAGUGGGGAGCACGAGAAGAAUGGGGAGUAUAGGCAGAUGCUGGUCCAGGCUAUACAUACUUGUGCCAUUAAGUUCCCGGAGGUGGCCAGCACUGUUGUGCAUCUCUUAAUGGACUUCUUGGGGGAUACCAAUGUGGCUUCUGCCAUGGAUGUGGUUGUUUUUGUGCGCGAGAUCAUCGAGACCAACCCCAAGUUGAGGAUUUCUAUAAUCACCAGGCUUUUGGACACUUUCUACCAAAUCCGUGCUGCCAGGGUGUGUUCAUGUGCACUCUGGAUAAUUGGGGAAUAUUGCCUGUCACUUUCGGAAGUUGAGAGUGGAAUUGCAACCAUUAAGCAGUGUCUUGGUGAUCUUCCGUUUUAUACGGUUACUGAUGAAGGAGAUGGUCAUGACUCAUCAAAACCCAUACAGCAGGUAAACUCCACCACUGUGUCUUCUAGGAGGCCUGCCAUCCUUGCGGAUGGGACCUAUGCCACCCAGAGUGCUGCUCUGGAAACUGCCAUGUCACCACCUACCCUAGUACAGGGGUCUCUGUCUUCUGUUGGAAACUUGAGAUCACUCAUUCUCUCGGGUGAUUUCUUUCUUGGGGCAGUGGUUGCGUGUACACUCACAAAACUUGUCUUAAGGCUGGAAGAGGUCCAGACUUCAAAAGUUGAAGUUAACAAGGCAACUACACAGGCCUUGUUGAUCAUUGUUUCAAUGCUGCAGCUGGGCCAGUCUUCAGCUCUUCCCCAUCCAAUUGAUAAUGAUUCUUAUGACAGGAUUGUUCUCUGCAUUAGGUUGCUGUGCAAUACGGGUGAUGAUAUAAGGAAGAUAUGGCUGCAAUCUUGCAGACAGAGCUUUGUGAAAAUGCUUGCAGAUAAGCAGCGUCGCGAGACUGAGGAGAUUAAAGCUAAGGCUCAAAUCUCUAAUGCACAGCCUGAUGAUCUUAUUGACUUUUACCAUUUGAAGAGCAGAAAGGGUAUGAGCCAACUUGAGCUGGAAGAUGAAGUUCAAGAUGAUCUCAAACGUGCUACUGGAGAGUUUACAAAGGAUGGAGAUGAUGCAAAUAAGCUCAAUCGCAUUCUUCAGCUGACUGGAUUCAGUGAUCCUGUUUAUGCUGAAGCAUAUGUAACAGUGCAUCACUAUGACAUCGUACUUGAUGUUACUGUCAUCAACCGAACCAAGGAAACUCUUCAGAAUCUGUGUUUGGAGUUGGCAACCAUGGGUGAUCUCAAACUUGUUGAGCGUCCACAAAACUAUACUCUGGCUCCAGAAUCAAGCAAACAGAUUAAGGCCAACAUUAAGGUUUCAUCAACUGAAACAGGAGUUAUAUUUGGUAACAUAGUUUAUGAGACAUCUUCUAAUGUUCUGGAGAGAACAGUUAUUGUUCUAAAUGAUAUCCACAUUGAUAUCAUGGAUUACAUUUCUCCUGCAUCUUGUGCUGAUGUGGCAUUCAGAACUAUGUGGGCUGAGUUUGAGUGGGAAAACAAGGUUGCUGUAAAUACAGUAUUACAAGAUGAGAGGGAAUUCCUGACCCACAUUAUCAAGUCUACAAAUAUGAAGUGCCUGACUCCACCAUCUGCUUUGGAAGGGGAGUGUGGUUUCCUUGCUGCAAACCUAUAUGCUAAGAGUGUUUUUGGGGAAGAUGCUUUGGUGAAUGUGAGCAUUGAGAAGCAAGCAGAUGGGAAGUUGAGUGGAUACAUCAGAAUAAGAAGUAAAACUCAGGGAAUUGCCCUGAGUCUUGGGGAUAAGAUAACUUUGAAACAGAAGGGAAGCGCUUAAUAGGAGCAAAUGUUUCCCAGCUUGUAUGUCCAUCAACAUUGUGUAGCUUCCGGUGGCAGCUCUCACUUCAACCCAAAUUAUGUACCUUUUGGUGGCUGCCCUCUUUGUUAGUAUUAAUUUUUUUUUCCCUUUGAAUUUCCAAUUUUGUUUGUAUUCUUUCCUUGGAUAUUCCCAUCUUUUAUUUUUCUACACAUGGGGACGGACACCGUAUAUUGAUAUGAGAAUCAAUCUAGUAACUGUUUCUUCUGCUUGACCUUACAUA